AUGGCUUCGACCAGCUGGAAUGCCAUGGCGUUGUCUCUGGCGCAAGAUCAAGACGCGCAUUUGCUGGAGUUCUUCAACUGUCCCAGCACCUUUGGCAAAGCCAUAAUGCGUGUGAAGCACAACCUUUACUACUUCCGCUUCAGUUACUCCAUCGUCAUCCUCUUUAUCCUCUUCACCAGCCUCUUAUGGAACCCCCUCGCCAUCGUCGUCUUCACCAUCUUCUUCUUUGGCUGGUUGGUCGGUUACUGCUGUAACGACGAUCCAAUUGAGCUCAUAAACUGCAAUGUCGAUUGCCGCGGGUUCUUGGCUGUUUUUUGGGUCCUCACACUUUUUGCUCUGAUCUCUACCGGUUUCUGGCUCAAUGUCUUGGUUUCGAUCUUGAUUGGUUCUGCGCUUGUUGGAAUCCACGCCUUGUUUAGGAGAACGGACGAUCUGUAUUAUGUGGAACUGAUACAGCGAGAGUCCAUAAUCAUCCAGAGGGUCGAUGGGGCGUCACAUCAUUGCUGA